CCUCCCCCCCCAGCCCUGCCCAUCCCCCGCACCACCAACCAACCUCCUUCAACAACGGUGCGCGCACACGACACAAAGAAACACGAGCGAUAAAGAACACCCCCCUCGGCCUUCCAAUCUCCCAAUCCCGGAAACAUCUGAAAACCACCAACAACAUGCGAACCCGCAAAGGCGACCUAGCUGCCACGGCUCCAGCCUCCAAGGCGACCUCAUCCACACCUCGCGCUCCCAAAUCCAGCACCACAGUCGCGCAACGCACAUCCUCCGCGCCCAUCGCCCCAACAGCAUCAGCAGAAGAAUUGCGCGCCGGAGCGCCUCUCUCGCCUGCGAUCCGGCUCCCCGCUCUCGCGAUAAUGGGGUUGGCUAUCUCAACAGUCUUGCACGCGCUCGCGACGCAGUUUGGUGAUGGGGAGGUGGGGAGUGUUGCGCGGCGGGCGGAGGGGUGGGGGGAGCUUGGUGCGGUGGUGGGGUGGAGAUCGAUUGAGCUAGGAAUAGCGUGGUGUAACGGCUACAGCGCUUCUGAAGUCGCUGCCCUGUCGCUGUUUUCCCAGGGCCCGGUGUUGUUCCUGUUGCACUACUUUUACAACGUCCCUGCGCCGUCGACAAUCCUCUCUCUUGUGAUCACGAUACUCUCCACCACCCUCCCCAUCGCGCUCAUCCCGCCCCCCAAAACGCGCCGCACCGCCGAAGCACCAGAACAAGAAGGGGGCGCGAAAAUCCUCACUACCCUCCUCGUGGCUUGCAUACACAGCCUCGUCCUCUCAAUCUCCUACGCCACCUUCCUCCCCACCACACUCGUAACACACUUCAACGCCCUCACCUCCGUGGCCGCCGCGCACACCUCAACCUUCAUCUCCCUCCUCCCACUCACCCUCAUCUCCGGUCUCGCAGCACGGUCUUUCAUCCUCGCGCCCUCGACCUCGGGUCUCUCAACUACGAAACCGGAAUUCGAUGCUGUGAAUGCGGGGCUGGGGGAGCAUGUGAGGUAUAACCUCUGUGGGUAUAGUGAGAGGAUGAAGGAGGUGCUGAGGCGCACGGCGAUUCUGGCCGGGUUGGGGGGGGCGAAUACGUUUGCCCUUGUUAUGGGGUUGGGGGGCGUGGAGGCGUGUGGUGCGGUGGCGUAUGCGGGGGUUUGGGUGGCGGCUGUGGUGGUUAGUGGGGUUGCGUUGGGGGUUGUGGGGGAUGUGGAUGUUUAG